GAGGUUCGCCUGACUACAGCCAGGAGAGAAGCGCUUCCCAUCUGGCGUGAGAGUUGGACGCCUCCUUGGAAGAAAAACGGGCGGCGCACAAAUCCUUCCCCGGCCGGGCGCGGGAGCGAGUUUUGAAAAAUGCCGGCGGAAGCAAGUCAGCGAGAAGGUCCGGGGAUUAUGGGCCGCAGUCGUGAGCUGGGUGUCCUCCUGUUGCUGCCCGCUUUGUUGUCGGGGAGCUCGGCGGAGAAGCUCGGUGAUGGAUGUGGGUCUAUAGUCAUCUACCGAGACAGUGGAACUCUGACAUCCAAAAACUAUCCAAGAACUUAUCCCAAUCAUACUGUCUGUGAAAAGAAAAUUCAGGUACCUCAUGGAAAGCAGCUGAUUUUAAAAAUUGGAGACUUGGAUAUAGAAUCCCAGAAAUGUGAAUCUAACUACCUUAUCAUCUACAAUUCCACAACAGUAUAUGGACCUUAUUGUGGCAAAGUGCCCAUCCCCAAAGAAAUCAUCCUGGAUGUUCAUGAAGUAACCAUUCGCUUUGAGAGCAGGUCCCAUGUAUCUGGCAGAGGCUUUCUCCUGUCCUUUACCAGCAGUGAUCAUCCAGAUCUAAUCACAUGUCUGGAGAGAGGCAGCUACUACGCAGAGCUGGAGUAUAGCAGAUACUGUCCUCCUGGUUGCAGAGAUAUAAUAGGAGAUAUUUCUGGUAAUAUCAUAGAAGGCUACAGAGAUACAUCCCUUUUGUGCAAAUCUGCCAUACAUGCUGGAAUCAUUGCGGAUGAAGUGGGUGGCCAGAUCAAUGUAGUUCAGUUGAAAGGAAAAAAUCGGUAUCAGGGUAUCUUGGCCAAUGGCAUCCUUUCCCAAGAUGGAUCUCUAUCAAACAAGCGAUUUAUUUUUAACUCAAAUGGUUGUGACAAAGCACUGAAUUUAGGAGGUGGAGGUGCUUUGAAUAUUCAGAUAACUGCAUCAUCAUCCUGGGAUGAAAUCAAUGAAGUUGGGGAGUUAGUUGAGUGGUCUCCUCAGAAAGCUUGGCUUAAAAUUCCUGGACCAUCUUGGGCAGCAAACCAGAGUAACCAUCAGCAGUGGCUGGAAAUUGACUUGGGAGAGAAAAUUAGAAUUACAGGAAUUAGAACUACGGGGUCUACUGUGCUUCAUUUUAAUUAUUACGUUAAGACAUUUGUUGUGAACUAUAAAAAUAAUAACUCAAAAUGGAGAACCUACAAAAGAAUCUUAAGCAAUGAAGAAAAGAUAUUCAAAGCCAACUCAAAUCAUGGAGAUGUAGUUCGGAAUAAUUUUAUUCCCCCUAUAGUAGCUCGCUUUCUGAGAAUUAUUCCACAGACCUGGCACAAAAGAAUAGCCCUGAAAGUGGAACUUAUUGGUUGUCGAGCAGCCCGAAGUAACAGCUCUCUUAUUCAUCCACUCGGACAGAGACCAAGUCAAAGCACAGGCGUUUCCACUAAAAAAGAUGACCAAUCAAGCACAGAAUAUAUACCUUUAGUUGAAACCAACUUAGGAUUGAAUCUUAUGGCUAUCAUUAUUCCAACCUUGGUGGUGCUUUUGCUGCUCCUGUUAUUGGGAAUCUGGAUCUUUACUGCACUGCGAAAAAAAGGAAAGAAAGGUACUACGUAUGGUUCAUCUGACACUGGAAAACCAAGUUUCUGGAAACAAAUCCAACCACCCUUUGUCCGAUAUCAGUCUGCAGAAUUCACCAUCACUUACAAUAAUGAAAAAGAGGCACCCAAAGAACUGGAACUGAUCACAAGCAAGAUAGCAGAUUAUCAACAGCCCAUCAUGAUAGGAACUGGGACAGUUACCCGGCAGGGAUCUACUUUUAAACCAAUGGAUACAGAGGAUGAGAAAAAAUGUCUCUCAGAGAACAGAAAUCAUUACAACCGCCCACAAAGAAGAAAUCACCAUGAUUAUGCGCUACCUUUGACCAAUCAGGAACCGGAAUAUGCCACCCCUAUUGUAGAGCGAUGUACAGGAAUUGAAAAUGAUUUUUCUACAGAUAAUUGUUACAACAUUCCUGCGGUUUCUUCUUUUCCUUCUGGGACUUUUCUUGCCUUAUGCAAGGCAGAUGGGAACAGUGAAGAUUAUAAAAUACCACAAAACAUUAAAGAGUAUGAUAAACCUAAAAGUAAUAUCUUGCCCAUAGCGGACUAUAAUACAUGCUAUCAAAAACCACAGGCCGAAUCCCUGACAAAUGAGGGUUAUUCAACACCUAGAUACAAUCUCAAACCAAUAAAUCAGACUGCAGUGACAGCACUCUUAUAAUCCCAGAACUCAUGAAAAAUUGAUAAUCCAGGAAAAGGAAAGGACCUAAGACUACUGACAUUCCUGCAGAAUUUUGAGUAAUGCCCCCAUUUUCCAUCUUUUCACCAUGAGAAGCAUUCAGAAUAAGGUCUGCAAGCAGUGGGUUCUCUACAGCUGAGUUGUUGGUGCUCCAUUUUAAUACUGUGCAAUGUGUACAUACUGUUUUAAUUUAAAAAAAUAACUUAAAAGUAUCUUUCAUUUGUUUUCUCUCUGCUGACAAAUGCACUGAUUUCUAGGUGAGACAGCAUUCUAAAUUGACAUAAUGCUCAUUCUUGGGAGAUCAUAUUUAGAAUGGAUGGUUAAAUAGACAUAUUUUAAAAAAUUGCACUUCCCAUACAACACAGAUUUUAUAAGAAAAAGUGUUUUGCAAUUUAUGUAUGCUGUGUGAUAGAAGUCCUUUUUAAUUUAUUCUUGAUAGUCAUGUGGAAGAUAAGGUACAGAACUUCCAUGAUUAAAAAAACCCGAUCAUUUGUUCCUCUAAAGAUCUCCAUGUGGCUUCCUAUAUGUUAGCAAUAUAUAUUCAGGAGUGGCAAGAAUUAGAAAGUUUUGUUUUUAAAUUAAAGUUUAGAUUCUCAGGGAAUAGAAUUAGACACCACUUCAGUGACAUGCGACAUUCCUAAACUCCCUCAAAAUCUCACAGAUCGCAUAGUGCUGUUAGCAUCCAGAUCUGAGUAGCAUAUAUACUUGAACUGAAUCUGCCUUGCUUUUCAUUCUAAGCAAGAUACAGUAUGCUUAUUUCUUCUUUGGGAAAUAUGAAAACAAAUAAACUGCCUACCAAAGUUA